GCUGUCGACUGCUUGGUUGUUUUGGUGAUGAGGAAUGGGCAUCCCAUGCUGCGCCGGUUUCUUCUAUAAGCUACAGAAAUACGACUAUGCAUCAGUAUACCAGCGGUAAUAUUUAAAUAGAUAAAAAUCAAUCAAGCAACACUUUAAAACUACACGGCCACGGUAGGGCUCCCUGCCAGGCAGCUGAAGAGAGCGCGUCUCCCUGUGUGUGGCAGUGACACUGGGACCUGCACUGGCAUUAGUGGCCCACGAUGUCGGACAGCACCAAGCUGCUCAAGCAGGCUGCCAUGCAGAUAGCUGCAGGUGGCUCUGCAGGAUUUGUGGAAGUAUGCAUCAUGCACCCUUUGGACCUGGUGAAGACGCGAUUCCAACUGCAGGGAACGCGCCAUGCGGCACCUUCCCUGGCUGGCAGCGUACAGCACUACCACUACACGGGUAUCCUUGACUGUAUGCGGACAAUGUACCGCCAUGAGGGUUUUUUCUCCUUCUGGAAAGGCGUCAUACCACCCAUACUUGUCGAGACGCCGAAGAGGGCUGUGAAGUUUUUCACAUUUGAACAAUAUAAGCGGUUCUUUUUAUUUGGCGCUCCGGCGCCUACACCAAUAACAUUUUCCUUGGCAGGGCUGUGUGCUGGCAUUACUGAAGCAAUUCUGGUUAAUCCAUUUGAGGUUGUGAAAGUGACACUCCAGUCUAACAGGGCACAUCUCAAAGAAACCCCUAGUACAUGGUCGGUUACCAAGGAAAUAAUCAGAACCCAGGGGUUGGGGCUCCGUGGAUUGAACAAAGGAGUGACUGCAACUAUUGCUCGCAAUGGAGUCUUCAAUAUGGUUUAUUUUGGCUUUUAUCAUUCAGUCAAGGGAUUACUUCCAGAAUUUCAUGAUCCAGUGCAGGAGUUUCUACGCAAAGUGGGUAUCGGCUUUGUGUCGGGCACUCUAGCAUCCUGUGUCAACAUCCCAUUUGAUGUUGCCAAGAGCAGGAUCCAAGGUCCUCAGCCAGAACCCGGUGUCAUAAAAUACCGCACGACACUUGCAUCGAUGGUAAUUGUUUACAAAGAAGAGGGAUGGAGAGCACUUUACAAGGGAUUGUUACCUAAAGUUCUCCGCCUUGGUCCUGGUGGAGCUAUUAUGCUGGUCGUUUAUGACUACAGCUACAACUACCUCAGUACCAGAUUCCCCGAUUAGUGUCUGUAGCACGCUGUAUCAAAACCUAGCCCUUACCUAAUUCUUUUUCCACGCCUAACCUUUGCUUAAUACCAUGAGCUGCUAUUAGAAGUGUGCAAAUAUCUGUCGCAUUGAUUACAUAUAUUCACUUUAGUGUACUGCUACACUAAACAACACUAAUAUUUGAAACCUGACUUUCUUUUAUGUCCUUUCAGAAUAUUAAGAAAUUUGUUAACUACACGUUAGAGCCAUAUAUUAACUGCAACUUUAGUGUAGGUAAUAAUGUCUUAGUAAUCCCAAAUGUACACAGAAACUCCUCUACCCAUAAAACCAAAAACAUUACCUUACAAGCUGCAAAAUGGCAUCUGUUUCCUUCUUUUCUGUUAUAGUUGUAUCUCUUGCAAAAGCAACGAGAAUCCCGUGAUAUAGGCACCAAUUAUAAAAAUCUGGACAGUUGUAAAUUAUACCAAAUCCAUUUUGUUUAAAUUACAGAACAUGAACUGAGUCAAGGAAAAAACAGCCCAUUAGUUAUUUGUUGGCACAGCUUGACAUUUUUCAAAGCUUCCAUUUUCUUUUACUUCUAGAAAAACAAUAUUUUUUAUUCAAGAUUUUAUUUAUCCAUAACUAAGUUCAAUCUGAAUCAGAAAAAAGUAAAUAAAUAAAAAAUUUAUUUUAAGAUAUGAAACAGAAGUAAUAUAGCAGCAGUUUGAUUCUCAUAUGUUGUUGAUAACUUCCUGUGCUGGUAAUGUUCCUUGUUUCAAAAGGUUCCAAAUAAAACCUGCUCUAAAUUUUUUACUGCAGCAUCUACAAGAAUAAUGAAAUGUAUAAAUUGUACUAGUCAUCAAAUACUGAAUUUUAAAUGCUGGUCAUGUAACAUUCCUUCAUAAUUAAUAAUUUUAUUUACACAAUUAAGAAACUAUAUUUGAACAGGCUAAGCUACUGUACUAAGGAUCUUUUAACUCCUGCUUUCUAUAAGUAAUUUUGUUAAGUGUGGGAGCAGAGUUUAUAUUUAAAAAAUUCUUUUUGUGGAAUUUGACAGCAAUAAUUUCAGGAAAUUCCAGUCAGUAAAAUCAUACUGAUCUGAAUAUUUUUACAAUGCUAUUAUUAUUAGGCAGAUCUAUCUGUGCAUCACUUAUUCAGCUAAUGACACUCACUAGUGACAAUCAGGAUUUUUCUAUUUCCACGUCGUCACAAGCCAGUGAAAUUUAAAUGCAGACAUGACACAUUUUAGUCCUUUCAAAGUACACUCUACAUCCAAGUCCCAGUUUCCCCAUCCUUGUGUUCGCUUUUGCCAUAUUUUGCUUGACUGUUUCUUUCUUGUAAAUGUCUUACAGUUCACUUGGUAUGAUCCCUUGUGCUCGUGCUGUUUUUGCAGAAAAUUUGUUAGGAUGUUAAGGUAUUGCCAUGUUUGACAAAUGUCAAAUUUUCUUCCUGAUACCAAAACAGCUCCUAUGGAGUAGUGACAAUUUUUGUGGAUGCUAGAAGUGUUCUGGAAUAGAGUGUGUGUAUGUGGCUUGCAGGAUUUGCAGCCUGUGUAAUGGCAAGAUGAUAGGUUUGCUUAUGAAGUUAACCUGAUACAUUAAAAGAAAAAUACAAAACAUAUCAAUUGUACCUGUUGCUCAUAAGAGCUAAGGAAAAGGCAUUUUAUUGUAUCUCAAUUAAUGAAGUAAAGACUGAAGAGCUCCAUAAUUUGUGAUGCUAUUUUAAACUGUGUGAUGUUCUAUUUAGUUUUAUCAAGAACUGAUGAUUAUGUUUAUUUUUGCAGUAUAAACAAAAUUUUGCAAAUUCAUGCUAUGAGUGUAACUAAGAUAUUAACUACCCAUAUUUUAAAUGUCUUUCAAGGGUGGUUUAAAAAAGUUAUAAUGUCGGUUGUCUUAGAAUUGAAUGCUCAUGUUGCCAAAGUUACUUGAUACAUAAAGCAAACAAGUCUCAUUUUGUACAUUGGGAUGUAGAAAAACUAUUUGAAGUGUCUGUAAUCUUUUAAGUUUUUUUCAAAUUAAACUAACAUAUUUUGUAUGUGAAAGGAAAAGCUAAUUGUCUUGGUACUAAUGCAUAAAUAUUUUGCAGAUAGUCAUCAUUUUAUGUUUAUGUAGGAACAAUUGUAUUUGUUAUUAGUUUUCAGUUUUGAUUACACUUGCUGUAGAUUCAUAAAUCUUUAAUGAGACACAAUAUAUGGAACAAAAGUUCCUGAUUUAAUUUUGAGACAUAAAUGACAGGUACAGGGCAGAUCAAGUCAGGUGUUUGUUCUCAAAAAGCUUGAUCAUUUUUCAUGAAAAUUUUGGAAGAUGGAAUGCUGUGCUACUAAGUCCAAAAAUUAACAAAACACAAUUUUUGGAUUUUAUCUAUCGAUUUAUAUGAUGUUCCUCGUACACAUCGAUACUGUUUAGUGCACAGAGAUAGUUAGUUGGCUGAUAGAUUUGUAGCCGUCAUAAGAUAAUUGGUUAUAUUACUGAGGGUAAAGUGCCUGCAAAUGAAUGAAUAUAAGAUGUGAUAUGCACUGACACUAACACACAGAGAAUGAAAAGUAAAUAGUUAACCUUUUCACAAAUCAUGCUUCCCUUCUGUACUAUUGUUUCUUUGUGCUAUUUACUAAGACAUGUGUUUCUGAAAACAGUAUCAAACUCAUAUGCUCAAGUUCUAAUAUGUGUUUAUAUGGGCUGCUACUGUAAAACAAAGCAAUGUUUAAAAAACACCAGAUAUUUCACAUUUAUCAUAAUGAUGACUUCAUAGUAUGUGCCUUAUCAAAGUGUUUUGACGAAUCUCUUUUUCUAUCUGUAGGCAUAACAUUUGUUAUUCUUUACAAAAUAAGAACUGUGCCAAACUUAUAUAAGUCUGAUGUUGAUCUUCACAAUAUUAAGCCAAAGAGUUAUUGCUUAUCAAUGAUCGAACUUUUGAAAGUUAAUAAUAAAAGAUACAAUAACAGCACUUGGCAAAAUUUAAUAAUCACAAACAUGGACAAAAAUGAAGUAAAAUAUGCAGGAUAAUUUAUGUUGGAGUGACAAGCUGAAAGGAUGUGUCCAGGCAGGAAGAUGUCAGAUUCGGAGAAAAAACUUGCCAUUUAUUUUCUUUUUGCCUGGGAGGGAAUGAUCUUGCCUGUUUGUUUUGUUCUAAAAGAUGGAGAAAACUUUAUUUUUGUCAAGUGUAGUCAUUCUAUCUUUCACUCAGUUUGAGCAGUCUCACUUGACAUGUAUGUUAUGCUUUAUAUACGUUAACGAUUUGCUCUACUGCCUUAUACGUGAUGCAAUUAAUUCUGUGAUCAUCAGUUGACAAGGGCUACUGUAAAAGGUAUAUGCAUUGAACAUUGUUGUACUGUUAAUGUUAUGAAAACAUUUUUAUAUUGUGUUGUACAAAACUGCAGUGUACUUUGUGGGAACAUAAAGAAUUUUCUGCAUUACAGAA